GUGGAUAGUGGGAAGUUGCAGUUGAUGCUAAAAAAAAAAAAGGAUGAGUCUUGGUGGAUACCAAUGCCGCUGGGAUAGUGAUGGACUUUUAGGAGCAGGGAAUUCGAAUUUCAGGUUAUUUGUGUUCUUUAUUUAAAACCCCUCAGGUUACUCCAAACCUUUAGGAGAGUCUGCUAUACAAACAACCAGAAAAAGGGUUUGAUUUCCAAAUUGUGUGUCAGCAAGAGGGAAAAGAGUUGCAGGUGAGAUGGGAGGGAGUCUAGGGCUCAGAAAAAGCAAGAACUCAGAGCCUGAAGUGAUCCUGAGAUUCUAAGCCCCAGGAACGUACAAUCUUGGAGAGAACACUGGUCUUUCCCCAGGAGGAGGAAGAGGGACUUGAGUCAGUUUCAAAAUCUCUGUGAACAAGGUGACUCAGACUGAGAACUGCAUAACAUUCCCAGUAGCUUGCUAUUUCAAUCAUAAUUUCUCAAGAGAUGUUUAUUACUGGAAAAACGACAGGGUCAGCAACCCUCUCUGCAGCCUCCCAUUUACCAGUAUCUCUAGGCCUCAUUUUCCUCAUAUGUGAAAGCUGGAGAAUGAACCUAGAAUAUCUCUAUGGUCUUGGAGUCUACAGCUCUAAUAAUCUUUCAGAGAACAGAUUUGUGGUUGCCAGGGGGUGGGAUGGGGAGUAUAAUGGGUGAGGCGGUCAAAAGGUACACAUCUCCUGUUAUACAGCAUGGUGACUAGUUAAUAAUACUGUACUGUACAUUUGAAAGUUGCCGAGAGAGUAGACCUUAAAAACACAUUUUUGUGUUCCUUUUUGAGAUACAGUUACAGAGAAAGGUACAAACCUUAAAUGUACCACUCCGUGAAUUCUGACAAAUGCGCAUGCCUCUUUAACCCAAACUCUAAGCAAUACACAGAGCUUUUCUAUCACUACAGAAAAUUCCCUCCUAGGUCAAGCCCCACUCUCGCCUCCAGGCCACCAUUCUAACUCCUAUCCCAGUGGAUUAAAUGCUAAUUUAAAAAAGUUACUGUUCAAUGCCAAGCUUUGUUUUAUAAUACGUCACAACAGCAGUGCUAUUAUUUCUCGCAAGUACUGUGAGAUAGUAUGUCCAUUUUGCAGGUAAGACAUUGAGCAUUAUAGAGGAUAAAUAAACUGCCCUUGGUUACCAGCUCUACCAACUGUAGCGACAGGACGUGAAUGAAGCAGUGGGUUUUUAGGAUCCCGCGCUCUUCACCUCCCUUUACGCUAAACUGCAUCUCGAGACGGGUCAUGGAGAGUCCACAAUCACCUAAGAAAAAUUAUGAAUCAAAACUUAACUGAAAUCAAUGCCACUUAAAACUUCCCAAACUUCCUGAGUAAUCCUAAGGGCCAUAUGCAUUACGUCCUAUACUAAAUGAUUAGUUUCUACCCCAACUCCGCAGAAAACGGCGUAAGGGAGGGGUGAAAGGAUGCAAAUUCGACUUUACUGGUUAAAAGUCCAACAAGAGACGGCUUAAGUUCCAAGUGCCCCGUGGCAGUGUCUUGCCAAUGGGUUUCAGCUCUGGGCAAGUUCGCUAUGGAUUCAGUGUGACCAAAGAAAUGACAGUAGAACGUUCUUGGGGUGAAAGGGUUACACCCAACUUUAUUCCCAUGGUGGCAGAUCAAUCACUAAAAUCUCAUCCACUCGGAGCGAGUCUGCACACAAGUUGGUCUCUGCCUCUGGGUCCCUCUGCCCGCACAGCCAUCCUCUGGGCCUCUGUCCUGGGCGCUGCCACCACUCCAGCCUCUGCUCUGCUCCCCUGCAGUCUUGCAGCCCUGCCACCGUGUCGCCCAGAGCACUGGGCAGGGCUCUCCAUAUAGAGUCAAUAACGACGCAUUGCCCACACGUGUGUAGUGAGCUAGCCAAGCAGGGCCAGGUGGGAAUCCUGGCCACAGCGACCUUCACUUUAUCCACAGGCAGGGCCGACGGGGAGGGUCCGGCGCCCCGACGCUCAGAUGCUCGUUCCUCUGGCGCCAGAGAAGUCCUCACAGAACGGAGAAGGCAUCAACACGCUGCCCAGGGCGACGGGACGCCGCCGCAGCGGGGCUCAUCAGGCAGAACCAGAAUUCAAUCAGUUACCCGUCCUUCUCAGUGUCACCCUCGCGCCUCCCUGUCCCCGCACCCGGGAUUCCCAGGCUCCUCUCCUGAGUUGACUCGGAGCCCUCGGGUCCCCCCAACUGCGCGGCCGCGGCUGUCAUGGCAACCGUACGCCGCCGCCGCCGCUUUUUCACGCACGUCGCGAACUAACGGGCUCCGCGGCGGUGGCGGCCUGUGCCCACCCCCCCCCGGACCGCAUCAUCAACAUCAGCCGACCUGCGGCGCCUAGGUAAUGAAUCCGAGGGCGUCCGCAGGAGAGCGAGUGGUGGGGUGGCCACGUUGACAGCCCCACCCCUCCCGCCGCGGGAGACGCCAGGACCUCGCGCGGCGCGGGUCGUCGGGUGCGGGCCGCCGUGCGGGGUAGGGGAGAGCAUUGUGAGCGCGCAGCGCGCGGAGCAUCAUGGGGAUUGUAGUGCAGCGACUCCUCCGAGUCCUGGCCUUGGCGCGGAGGUCUGGACGGGCGAACUACAAAGCCCGGCGGCCCCGACAGCUGGGAAAGACCGAUAAACUUUGAGCGGACCGGGAGAGAGAAAAAUCCCUCUUUGUGGUGAGGGCCCUCUUGAGUGGUGGCGGAACUGAUCUCUGUGCGACGGGAAAGGGAAGUGGAGAGCUCAGGUAAGGAAACAAAUGAAAAAGCCUCAUUGCUAUAUACAUACUCCUGUUAUCUCUGGGUUUGUGAUCGAGUCAUAUUCUGCAUUAUUCAUGGCAAGCUGCAGCCCUUGAACGUACAAACCAACAGGAAGAGAUGAAAGGUCUCUGAAAGAAGAUGAAUUUGGCUGAGAUUUGUGACAAUGCAAAGAAGGGAAGAGAAUAUGCACUUCUUGGAAAUUAUGACUCAUCAAUGGUAUAUUACCAGGGGGUGAUACAGCAGAUUCAGAGACAUUGCCAGUCAGUCAGAGACCCAGCUGUCAAAGGCAAAUGGCAACAGGUUCGGCAGGAAUUAUUGGAAGAAUAUGAACAAGUUAAAAGUAUUGUCAGCACUUUGGAAAGUUUUAAAAUUGACAAGCCCCCAGACUUCCCUGUGUCCUAUCAAGAUGAACCAUUUAGAGAUCCUGCUGUUUGGCCACCCCCUGUACCUGCAGAACACAGAGCUCCACCUCAGAUGAGGCGUCCCAAUCGAGAAAUAAGACCUCUGAGGAAAGAAAUGCCAGGAGUAGGAGCCCGGGGACCUGUGGGGCGAGCACAUCCUAUAUCAAAGAGUGACAGACCCUCUGCAAGUCGGGACAAGGAUUACAGAGCAAGAGGAAGAGAUGACAAGGGAAGGAAAAAUAUGCAAGAUGGCUCAAAUGAUGGUGACAUUCCAAAAUUUGAUGGUGCUGGAUAUGACAAGGAUCUGGUGGAAGCCCUUGAGAGAGACAUUGUAUCCAGAAAUCCUAGCAUUCAUUGGUUAGUCUUGGAUGACAUAGCGGAUCUAGAAGAAGCUAAGAAGUUACUGAGGGAAGCUGUUGUUCUUCCAAUGUGGAUGCCUGACUUUUUCAAAGGGAUUAGAAGGCCAUGGAAGGGUGUGCUUAUGGUCGGCCCCCCAGGCACUGGUAAGACCAUGCUGGCUAAAGCCGUUGCCACUGAAUGUGGCACAACAUUUUUCAACGUCUCCUCUUCUACACUGACAUCUAAAUAUAGGGGUGAAUCUGAGAAGUUAGUCCGUCUAUUGUUUGAAAUGGCUAGAGUUUAUGCCCCCACCACGAUCUUCAUCGAUGAGAUAGAUUCUAUCUGCAGCCGAAGGGGAACCUCUGAUGAACACGAGGCAAGCCGCAGAGUCAAGUCGGAGCUACUCAUUCAAAUGGAUGGAGUUGGAGGAGCCCUAGAGAAUGACGAUCCUUCCAAAAUGGUCAUUGUGUUGGCUGCUACGAACUUCCCGUGGGACAUUGAUGAAGCUUUGAGGAGGAGGUUAGAGAAAAGGAUAUAUAUCCCUCUCCCAACAGCAAAAGGAAGAACUGAGCUUCUGAAGAUCAAUCUUCGGGAGGUUGAAUUGGAUCCUGAUAUUCAACUGGAAGAUAUAGCAGAGAAGAUUGAGGGCUAUUCUGGUGCUGAUAUAACUAAUGUUUGCAGGGAUGCCUCUUUAAUGGCAAUGAGACGGCGAAUCAAUGGCUUAAGUCCAGAAGAGAUCCGUGCACUUUCUAAAGAGGAGCUUCAGAUGCCUGUUACCAAAGGAGACUUUGAAUUGGCUCUUAAGAAAAUUGCUAAAUCUGUCUCUGCUGCAGACUUGGAGAAGUAUGAAAAAUGGAUGGUUGAAUUUGGAUCUGCUUGAAUUUCUAUCAGCUCUUUCAUUUCUGAUAUUUUUGUUUAUAAAAUUGAAGAAAUCCUGCAAUUUUUUUUGAAAAGAGGCUUGGAGCUUUUCAUGGAAGAGAUUUUCAUUUAAAGGAAAAAAAUCUAAAAUCACAAAAAGUGUAAAUAUAGUUGAAAAAGUGUAAAUGUAGCCUGCUAGUCUCCAUCACCUGACUUUGUGCUGGUAUUUCACAUAUUUAUGCAUUAAUAUUACUCCCCAAACCAGCGUAUCAGGGAGGCUAAAGAAAGCAAUCAGUAUGCUAUUGGAGACACUUGUUUACAAAAGAUUUAGAAGGACCUCUAUUUUUUACUUGUUUGUCGUUCUUUGUAUUUUUCUGGCCUUUGCUGUGAACGUGAGGGACCUAUAUAUGUUGACUUUUAACAUCAAAACUGGGUUUGUGUCAAAUUCAUUAUUCUUGAGAAUGAUAGUUUGGAUUGAAUAGUGAAUUUGCUAGUUAAACCUUUUGAAUUCAACUAUUACUGUUAGAUCCUACCAUAGAGUUUAGAGUUCUUACCCUCCGCCCACCAUUUCUUCCAUUAGUUAUUAUUGAACUUCAUGUCAGAGUAUCCUCAGGCUUUUAGUUUUUGAACCAUUUGCCAAGUUGUUUUUCUGGUCUUUAGUAUUUUUUUGCUGUUACUUACAUUUCAUAUUGGAAGGGCAGGAAGAAUAAUAUGAUUGCAUAAGAUACACUUCUUCAUUCUUAGACCUUUAAGUUUGUUUUCACCUUUCUUUCCAUGUGUCCAAACAGAUAAUUUAAUUUUUUUCUCUCAGCUCCAACAUUGUUUGGUUUUUGCUGAAUUUGACUUUCAUAUUCUAAAUAAAUACUUUGGUAUUUGAAAUAAGCCAGCUCUCUUGUGGCUAAUACAAAACAAACAAAACAAAACCUUUAUAGUUUUCCAGACAGCUUAUUUAACAAAAUAACAUUGUGCAUAAUGAAUGAUAUCAUUUUUAAAUUAUUUCUUGUCUGAGUUGGUGACUUGUACACAUAGUAAGAUUAGGAUAGAAAUCUGUCUCGCCAUUCAGUUCAGCACGAAUUAGGCAACAGAAAGAGGCCAGAAAAAACAGAUGGCAUAUACCUAAUCAUGAGUAGAGUAGCCUGGUGUAAGAUUUAAAAAAAUAUAUGUUUACCCUAUUUUGUUUGGGCUACCUGUGCUUUAAUGGUCAAGCUUUAAAAAAUUUGUCUUUGAAGAUAUCCUGAAUUCUCAAUUUUGGACAGCACCAAUAGGUGGCUUAAAACUAAAAAUAAUAGAAAAAAACAAAAAACCUUUUGGACACUUAAAAAACAACUUAGUAUCUUGCUUAAGUGAUUUUUUUUCCCCUUUACUAAAAACUAAUUUUCAGAUAACGUAAGUCUGACUUUAAACUCCAGUAUUCAUCUAAUGCUGUGAGUCAUCACCAUUUCCUCUGAGGCAUAUGAGUUAAAGUCAUAAGGCAUCAUUGUUUUAUUUUAAUUGCAAUUAUUCAUUUUACUUUGGGAGAAGUUUUCUUUUAUUCAUGUACUUUUUAAAUAAAGGGAUAAUCACACUAAGAUAAUCUUACAAAUAUUGCCAUCCAGUAACUUAUUUUUUCCCUGAAGUACUAGGGGCAUUCAUUAAAACAUUAGUGUUUUGAUUGCCAGCAACUUGUUUGUCUAUUUGAUUAGUUAGAUCAGUUUUCUAAGGUUUUGUGUUAUUUGUCUUGACAUACAUUCCAUUUUUUUUCCUGAAUUCUUCAAGGAUAAUAACAUGGUAACUGUGACUUCUAAAAAUUCACUUAAGCAGUAUUUGGAGACCCAGCUUCCUGGAAGCCUAUCUUUACUAUGUUAAGUGAGUCAGGUGUGCUUUUUAUUUCCCUUGUUUCUCAUUUUGCUCCAUCAGUGGAUGGUGAAUGCUUUGUGUACAUAAGCCUCUGAAAGGAUCCUGAGGAUCUCCCUCAGGUGUUCUCUCUACCCUUUACUGUACAUCGUAUGUCUUUAUUGUAAGACAGUAUGUUGCCUUACCCGGAAUGAGAGAAUCAGUGUGCUUUGCUUAGUUUCACUUUUUCUGUGUUGCAUUAACAAGUUAGAAAGAUUUGGUGUCUUUAAUUCGUCUGAAAACAUGAAUACUUUAGGUUCUGCAACACAGUGAUGUCAAGACUAAGUUUUGUAUAAUUCUGUCUUAUAGAUGUCUGAGCAGAUAGUUCCUUCAUUCAGUCGACUUUCAUUGGUUGCUUAUGUGUAUAAAAGCCUGAGCAGGGGGAGCUCUGUAGCUCAGUGUUGGACCAGGCAGUGCAGGUCCAACUAGGCACUUUAUGUAACUGCGCUGUGUAGCUUCUGGCCCCAGCUAACUAAAUGAGUUCAGAUCAUAAAUGGAGAAGCACAGUGAUCUGUGUGUACUUCGGAAAGAUAAAAUAUAUGUUUUCCUCUAUUUAAAAUCUGUUUUAAAAUUAGAACUGAUAUCCAUUUGUUUGAGCAAUAUAACUAUUAAUACAGUCAGCCAUUUUCGUGAAACAUCAUUGUCAUUCCCCAGGCUACAUGUUUGUUGUAAAGAUGUACACAUGUGAUUGUGGUAAACAUGUAUACAUGUUACAUGCAUAUUGUAAGUAUUUUGCUCUCAUAAUUCCUUUAUUUUUUUAAAGGAAAUUAAUAUUGAUGAAAUGUACCUGACAAGCAACUCUUUAACAUAGGCUGAAACCUCCUAGUCAUCCAAGUAGAAAACAGACUUAUGGCAUCACAGACUUUAUCUUCUAGUCAUUAGCAGUGUAGGCACUCCAGAAUGACCAAAACACACUUUGAGCGUGGACCUGUACCUCCAAAAAUACCAAGAGAACUUGGAAGAGGAAAUGUGUUGUGGUCUAGCCACCUAACUGGGGGCUUCAUUUGAGCUCCUGAGAUUGCAAUUUUUAUGAUGGGAUAUCUGACUGUUAAAAGUAGGAUGAAACCAUAAUUCGAAAAGUAAGCAUGCAAAUAUCUGGUGAAUCUACUAUGAACAAACAUACCGAUACAUCAGGAAAAAAAUAUGUGUAUACAUAUGUGUAUAAUUGUCACUCUUUGACUUUAUUAGGUGUAGCCUGACUCUGUUGAACAUGAAAUUAUUGAUACUCUAGGUUUUGAACAGCUUAGAUUUGUUUGGAUUCCUUCCUUGGAAGUUUCUGUAUAUGCCGUCAAUCCAUAAAACAGAACCCAGUUGGCACAGUUAGGUCUCAGUCCCCCCACUCUCACCUGGGGUGAAGUGAGGACAGGUAGCUGCUCUGUGUUGUGUGGGCUUUGGCCCCCUCAGUAUUGUUUUGAUCAUUGAGUCUUUUUGCAAAACGGUAGAUUCCCAUUCUUACUUUACUACCGAUAAAUCGCCUUAGGGUGUGUAUCCUGUAAGAUAGGCCAUAAAUGGUUAAGGAUGUUUGCUGGCCUUUUCUAAGAAAGGGCCUAAACUUAUAUGAGGAAGCAGUAGUAAUUAUUCUUUUAACAUUUUUUCUAUCUUUUGUUCCUUAACUGUUUUCAUUGUGUAUUUUUUACAUACCACUUAAGUUGUGAUGUAUGUAAUAUUUAUGUGAAUCUAAGAAUCUGAAACAAUAGAAAAGAGUAGGAAUACAAUUAAGGGCAUGUUAGAGGGAAAAAUAUUUAAACCCCCAAAAGUUUUAUUCUCAUCUCUGCUAAUUAUUUUUGCAGAGGAAGCUAAAACUUCUGUUAUAAUUACUGUUUACUUAUUUGUACUUUUAAAUUAGACUUUUCGUACUUACUUAACUUUUCAAGGAUACUUGCUUUUAAUAUUAGCUCUUAAUGAAGAAAGUGAGUAUUUUAAAAAUAAAAUUCCUAAGAUAAUAUGUUUUUAAACAUUCACAAUAAUUCUUUGAAUUUUUAUUAGGAUUUUUGGCUCGGACAAUUCUUUGCUUUAUUGGUACUUCUAAAUUUCCAAGGGACUUGUUAAUAAAAACAGGAAAGAUAUUAAGGUAAUGUCACAAAAUGUGUUCCUAUUUUACCUUCCUCAUUUCUUAGUUGACCUUAUUUUAUAUAUACAACCCGGGUAUGGCUUUCUCGCCAGCGGCAUAUAGGUUUUUGUACAUUUGGAAAUUUGGCACAACGAAUGAAGAAUUAAUCUAGAUGUUUUCUUCCUAUAGAAGGGCUUCCGUUUUACCUUUAAGUUCAAAACUAUAAAAUGCACUUUUGUUUUACCACCUCUGAAAUAACUAAAUACAUCCUUUGGAGAAGCUGAAUUUUUGCACAUGUUAUUUUCAGAGUCUACCUCGGUUACCCAGGCUUAGUUUUAGGCAGGAAUGAAGUAAAACCAUAUUUAGAUUCAGUUCAUCAUCUAUGCAGAUCUGUUCAAGCACUUCAUUCUCUUUCCUCUUGCUCUCCUCCCAUUAAUUUUAUUUUUAACCCUGAAAUUUAAAAAAAAUGUUUGUCACUCUUCCUCUGGCAAAGCCAUAUAUUCCAUGGUAAGCCUCUCUGAGGUAUCUGAGCUGUUCUUCUCCUCUUUGUUUGAGCCACUUCAUGAUUUGGAUGUAUUUCACUUCAAGGGACAGUUUCAAACACAAUACCCAUCCCCCUAUUUUUCACAGCUUCAUAAAUACGAACUGAUGUGACAACAGUAAAAAUCUUGGAACCUCACUGUUCCUGUGUCCAUUCUCUAAGAACCUGAGUACUUCCCGAGGACACUCGGGAGUGGACACAUAGCUCUUCCUACAGCGGCACAGGUAGCAGGCAGUCCAGGCUAACGUGUGGAGGUGGUGUCCGGUGAGACCGUGCGUGUGGCUGUGGUUCGUAAGUGUGUGGUUGAGAUUCUGGAUUCAGUGUUUGUCUCCAGUAUUUUGAACCUAAUUUAAAGAAAAGAUGUUUCUAAAUUGUAUUUAUUAAAUGUGCUCUUCUUAUUACGUUUUGUGCUGCUACUGUGCUAGUCUCAAGGGCUUAGUCAUGUUUGUGUGUAAGUUGUAAUUUGGUAAUAAAUUUCUAGAGGGUU